AUGUUUGCUGUCAGACGCAAUUUCUUGCGGGGGCCAUUGAGAGUAACGCAAUGUGGGCCAAGCUUAGGUUCGGGAUAUAAGGUUCUUGAUCUUGUACGCUGCAAAAGUACAUACAUACCUUCUCCAGAUUCCGUUUACAAGAAGCCUAAAUCAAAGGAGCAGAUUGCUAGGGAGAAGCAUGAAGCGGAUUUGAAAUCUGACAACUGGAUUAUUAGGUACGGGGCCAUUGCAAGGUCCGAGAAGUUUUCGAAAGCUUUAACGAAAUACAUUCUUGCCGCAUAUGUGGUGUUCAUUCUAUAUGGGUUAAACUAUACCAAGAAGCUUUAUAAGAAGGACAAGGAGUUAGAAGAUAUUAGUGCAAAGAUUGAUAUGGGAGUAGCAAAUGAAUAUGAGUUGUUGCGCUAUAAGGAACUAAAAAAUACGUUAAGAACAAGAGAUGUGGAGAAAUUGAAACAAUACCAAAAGAUUAUAGAGAAAGAUGGGACUGAGAAUUUGGAUAAGAUUACCUUGGAAAACAACGAUCAAAACAAGAUUAACGAGAAAAUUCUACCUGCUAGGGAUACCACUGAUUUCUAUGAAAUGAAGGCAGAAGAGUACGAUGAGGGUGUGAGUUUUGAAGAAAUGAUGAUCAGAAUGGGUAAAAGACGUAAGUGGCUCAUGAAACAUUGUAAAGGAGAUGUUCUCGAAGUCGCUUGUGGUACUGGUAGGAAUAUCAAAUAUUUAGACCCAACGAAGAUCAACUCAAUCACAUUCUUGGAUGCAUCGGAAAAGAUGAUGGAAAUCACAAAUAAAAAAUUCAGAGAAGCACUACCCAAUUUCAAGAAAUGUGCAUUUGUUGUAGGGAAAGCGGAAGAUUUGAUCGACUUGAACUCGAAGGAGACACCUGUUAAGUAUGAUACUAUUGUUGAAGCGUUUGGUCUUUGUUCACAUCACGAUCCUGUAAAAUCUUUGAAGAAUUUUGCUGAAUUGUUGAAACCUGGCGGUAGAAUCAUUCUCUUGGAACACGGAAGAGGUUCAUACGAUACAAUCAACAAAAUUCUUGACGAUAGAGCUGAGAAACGUUUAAAGACAUGGGGUUGUAGAUGGAACUUGGAUAUCGGAGAAAUCCUUGACGAUUCUGGAUUGGAUGUCGUCGAAGAAAGAAGAACACAUUUCGGUACGACAUGGUGUAUUGUUGCCAAGCGUAAAGGUGACGGUAAGAAGAAAGAAGAAAUUGGCUUCUUUGAAAAGUAUCUUGGUGCUAGUGUUAAGAGCAGAAUUGAAUCUUUCACAAACGAUGGAAAGAAGCAAGACUCGCUACAAGCUACCCAUAAUAAACCAACAUCUGAGACAUCCAAAUGA